AAGAUUUUAACUGAUGUUGUAACGCUCCUCUUAUCUCCUUAUUCCUAAUGUGUUUUUACUGACCUCUAGUGGCACACCUAAACCACUGCAGGGGAAACGGUCCGCUGAACUAUGCCCACAUGCGUAACUUCCUCUCCUCUUCCUGUUUAUUUUUUUCUAAGGUACCAUCCUCAUACUGAAUGAAACACUCCAGGAGCUCUGGGUUCCAGAAGGUGAGGAGACGAUCUGCUCAUGUUGCUAUCACCAAUAGUGUUAGAAAGGUAGUGUGUUGCAAGCAGCGAACAAUAAACUCAUGGCAGAAAGCCUCCCAGAAUGCUGCUGAAUUUGCCAGAAGCUAUCGCCUCAUCUGUUUGCUUGAGGAAAGUAUUUCUCUCCUGCCAUCCCCAGUGAAACAGGAGACGUAUGUCACGGAUUAGGAUCACACUUGACAGUGUUACCAAGGCAGUAGGUGGCACAGACUUCAUCUCCAAGUUCUCCCGGCUCAAGGCGGGGGGCGGCGGUGGCACAGCUGAGAGCACCCACGCAGAAAAGUCUCGGGUAAAAGCCGAGACAGUAGCCUCAAAGGCUUCACUACCUGAAACUACAAUGAAAGUAGAAGAUGAAGGUGAGGAGACAGAUAAGGAGCAGCGGCAGAUUACAGAGAAGCCCUUUGUUUCCACAAAGAAGUCCAUGUCCACUUUGGAUUCAGCAGCAAGUGUUUCUGCCCCGUCCUCUAAUGUGGCAAAACAAACUAUGCAGCUGCUUCAGCCGGCAGCUCUGUCUACCAACAUGGAUGAGACCUACAAAACGCUGGCCAACCACAUUGACGCUUAUUUCGGACCCAGCACAGAAGGAGAAAUUGGCGAGAGCAGGCAGCAGCAGCACAUAGAAGGGGGCGAUCAUGUUGCUGGACCAGUUCCUCCGUUUUCCUCUCAGAAGAAGGGGGACCACAUUCCUGUUUUGUCCCCAGUAGGAAAAAGUGUUGAGGCGCCAGCUAAAAUUCCUGCCUCUGCCUCUUCUCCUUCGCCUAGUCCUCCAGUAGAGGCUCCUUCUGCCGAAAGCGAAGCUGUGGCGACGGCCUCCCCUAGAAAAGGCUUCACUCAUUAUCUGUCCUACCCACGGCCCAGUGUUCAGGCUUUUGUCGGUAGCUACAUCGCACCACUGGUCCCCAAAUUUAGAAGCGAUUCCAAAAAAAUGGCAGACACGUCUUCAGAUGUUGCCGUGGAUGAUGCCACUCCAGAGAAGGAAGAAGUAAAGACGGAGAGUGAGGAAGAGAAAGCCGACAAAGCAAAGCAAGAGCUGCUAACUCAAAGGGAAAAGAUAAUAGCCAGGGUGAGCGUAGACAACAGGACCAGAGCUCUGGUGAAAGGGCUGCAGGCCGUCACCGACGUCAAACUCCUCACUGCUCGAGUGGAGGAGCUUAGCAGCCAUCUCCUGGAAUUCCCAGAGACUCGAGUUGUGGCCAUCAAGGAGAAAGCGCUGCCCUGCCUUCUACGACUGCGCCAGGCCAGAGAUCUUCCUCUUCAGGCUGCUGUGAGAGAAGCGUUGGCCCUGACUGGCUACACCGAACCAGUCAAAGGCAGAGGAAUUAGAGUCCUGUCCAUAGAUGGAGGGGGAACAAGGGGGUUGCUGGCCCUGCAGACUCUCCAUAAGUUGCAGGACCUCACAGGGAAACCAGUCCACCAGCUCUUUGAUUACAUCUGCGGGGUCAGCACAGGUGCCAUUCUGGCUUUCAUGCUGGGGAUUUUCCAGGUCCCCCUGGAAGAGUGCGAGAAGAUGUACCGGGAGCUGGGCUCGGAUGUGUUCAAACAGAAUGUGAUCGUUGGAACAAUGAAGAUGGGCUGGAGUCAUGCUUUCUAUGACAGUGAAAUGUGGGAGAACAUCCUCAAAGAACGGAUGGGUGAUGGACGUAUGAUCAAGAGUGCCAGGGAUCCCCACUGCCCAAAAGUGUCAGCAGUGAGCACUAUUGUGAAUAGAGGUCUUCCUCUGAAGGCAUAUGUGUUCAGGAACUAUCGACUCAUGCCAGGAGUGAGAUCUCACUACCUUGGAGACUGCAAACACAAGAUGUGGCAGGGUAUCAGGGCCUCGUCUGCCGCUCCGGGCUACUUUCAGGAAUUUGUUCUGGGAAAAGACCUUCAUCAGGAUGGAGGACUCCUAAUCAACAACCCCACAGCUCUGGCCAUUCAUGAGUGUAAGUGUCUGUGGCCAAACACACCCCUGCAGUGCGUGCUGUCUCUGGGCACCGGGCGAUACGAGACAGCGGGCAAGAAUAGCACAACCUACACAAGCCUCAAGACCAAACUGGCUCACGUCAUCAGCAGUGCCACAGAUACAGAGGAAGUACACACCAUGCUGGAUGCUCUCCUGCCCCCGGACACCUACUUCCGUUUCAACGCCUACAUGAGCGAGGACAUCCAGUUGAAUGAGAACCGUGUAGAGAAGCUGAACUUCCUCAAGAGCGAGGGCGAGCGCUACCUCGAGCGCAACGAGGCCAAGCUGAGGAAGGCGGCUAGCGUCCUGGGCCAGGAGAAGAGCGCCAUGCAGCGACUGGCCGAGUGGGCCAAGCUCAAGGCCGACAUGUACGAAGGUUUCCCCUUCGUCUCCAAGCUCUAGCCUGGUAGCAGUGUGACCCUAGGGGUUUGUUUUUUAAGGUACAAAGACACAGAGAGGGAGGCAAAUAGACCCCCAAUGGAAUCAAUGUUGUGGAAAAGAUGCAUACUAGGAGACAGUUUGAAGUUAAAUGCCAAAUGUUUACACUGUUUUACCGCAGCUACCUAACACUAAAAGAAAAGAUCCUUUGGUCAUAUUGAUGUUUAAUAAUUAACAAGUGUAAUACAAUUUGCUGUUGGUGGGGAAGGAUGUGUCUAUAGUGGAGACGGAAUGUUCUAUUAGAACUGAGCAGGUUUUGACAUUACAGCGGAAACCUUUACAUGACUGAGGGAGGAGGAAAAUGUAAGAAAAUGCUGGUUUACUGGUUUUUGGGACGCACAAAGAUGGGCAUGUGAUACCUGUUAUACACAACAGUUUACCUAUGGUUAUUGGGUAAAGGAAGUGAGCUUUGUUUUCUUUUUCAGUAACUUGAAUACAUAAAGAUGUAAUUAAUACAUGAUUGCACCGUGAGAACAUGAGCGUGACUACCUAUCUGUAACACUGUACACAAGUUAACACCUCACGCACUUUUUAAAGAGUAAUUCUUAGCCUCUCUGUUGAGAAUGAUGUAAAUACAUUUUGUGGUAAUUAUGACAUAGGUAAUUAUGAAGUGUUAGAAUUUAACUAUUUAAAAAAGUGUGCACAUACCGCUACUUUGAAUACUGAUACUAAAGUAAAAGUAAAUGUUGUAAUCUGGUAAAAAGCAUGUCUAUCCCGCUUUAAGCAGCUAGUUGUGGCCCCAUGGUUAAUAUAAAGCUUUUACCUUGAACCUCAAUCAAGCCUGAUUUCUGUUUCUGCACAAUUUAUAAACUAAAUAGACUUGACAUUGUGAGAAUCCUUCCUGCCCUGACCCCUUCCUUCAUUACUUAGUGGAAUGCCAAAAAUGAACAAAAUGUAAUGAUAUAAUAAAAUUAUACUGUCA